AGUCUCAGAAUUUCCUCCCAAGGAGAAGGUGGUUUUCUCUAGUACCACAUUUUAGAUGGACUUUUCUCCUGAGGCCAUGUUUGUGUAGGCUGCCCCAGAAGUGGUGUGAAAUGGUCCUUUUGUUUUGACACACGACUUGAAACUGGUUUUGGAAGUUGCUGAUCUAAUCUGUGAAGUGGUUUUUAAUAUUUUUAAAUCCUUGGCUUUUUGACAAAUGGGCUGUUAACAAAUUGCCUGUUUUCCUGUGAGGGAGGGCUGGAGUGUGUCCUGUGCUCAGUGAGGCUCAGGUCUCGCAGUGCUCUGUCCAGGUAGCAGCCUGCAGCUGGGGAUUUCCAUCAGUUCGAUAACCUCAGUUGUAAAGCUGAGGUUUUCAGGGGCUUGUGUUGAUUCCUCUUUCAUGUGCCCCAUCCUGGUUUGGGUACAGAGGCGAGCAGGAGGGCAGGGGCUCGCUCAGAGCCGCUGCAGGCUCUGCUCCCCAGGUCCCCGCUGGAGCUGAGCUGCUCCUGGGCAGGAGGCUCCUGCUGCGGGGGGCCCUGGGUGGAAAUGUCGCUGUUACGAAACAGCUCCCUCCGGGAUUAGAGCAGAUUGCAAAAGGAGCCCUCGGUUGUCUGGCAUUUCAGAUGUGCUGCUGAACUGCAAAUCUCAUUACCUUACAGGAGUGUGGGUGCACAGCCCUCCAAAACUAGGCCAGAAAUGCUUAAAUAAGGAGAAAGGGAAGAGCCCAGUGGAAGAAAGUGAAAAUGCUCAAUGUCAGCCAGUGAGAGGAUAUGAGCCUUCCCCUGUGCCCCGGCGCUGGGCUGCCCCAGGGGCUGUAACAGAGCCCUGAGGGGCCUUCUGCAAGGAGAAUUGGCUUUGGAGGCUUGUGCUUGAAACUUGUCCAAUGAGUCUGGGACGCCCAAGCACCAUUCAUUUUGGAGGAAAAAGAUGGAGUAUUGCAUGCUGGGAACAAGUGCUUUCCAUAAGGUACAGCAGCAGCUCAUGAUGCCCCGUAAAGCUUUUCUUUCCCAGAAAGAAAAGCAGGCUCGUGCCAGGGAAAGGGAUAUGUUAAAAAAGAGGAGGAGGCGACAAGACUAUCUCAAAAGAAGCGUGGAGCCGCAGAAAAACACCGAAACAAUAAAAUGGCACAGGGAUGAUGAGAAGAGGAGAGAAAAUGAGCAAGUUAAGGACAAAGAUAUCAAGAAGCGGUGGAGACAGGAUGAGAGAGAACGACGGAAGAAUGUGGAUGCUAUGAAUUGGCACAGGGAAGAGGAGAAGAGGGAAAAUGAGCGAGAAACUAUGUUCCAACUUCCUGUCAACAACCUUGGCAGUUUAAGAAAGGCCCGGAAAACUGUGAAAAAAAUACUUAGUGACAUUGGUUUGGAAUACUGUAAAGAACAUAUAGAAGAUUUUAAGCAGUUUGAACCUAAUGACUUUUAUUUGAAAAACACUACAUGGGAGGAUGUGGGACUGUGGGACCCAUCGCUUACAAAAAACCAGGACUAUCGGACAAAGCCCUUUUGCUGCAGUGCAUGUCCCUUCUCCUCGAAGUUCUUUUCAGCCUACAAAAGCCACUUCCGGAAUGUUCACAGCGAAGACUUUGAGAACAGGAUCCUGCUCAACUGCCCCUACUGUACCUUCAACGCGGACAAAAAGACUUUGGAAACGCACAUUAAAAUAUUCCAUGCUCCCAAUGCCAAUACACCGAGUGGAGGCAUCAGCACUUUCAAAGACAAAAACAAACAUGAGAGCCUUAAACCCAAGCAGGCUGACAGUGUGGAACAAGCUGUUUAUUACUGUAAGAAGUGCACUUACCGUGACCCGCUCUACGAAAUCGUUCGAAAGCACAUUUACAGGGAACAUUUUCAGCACGUUGCUGCUCCUUACAUAGCCAAGGGAGGUGAAAAGUCCCUCAAUGGUGCGGUUCCGCUGAGCGCCGGUGCCCGGGAGGAGGGCGGCAUCCACUGCAAACGAUGCCUUUUCAUGCCGAAAUCCUACGAAGCUUUAGUGCAGCACGUGAUCGAAGACCACGAGCGCAUCGGGUACCAGGUCACGGCAAUGAUAGGUCACACCAACGUGGUGGUGCCGAGAUCCAAACCUUUGAUGCUCAUAGCUCCCAAACCCCAGGAUAAAAAGCCUGUGGGGCUCCCUCAGAGGAUGGGUGCCCUCUCUGCUGGCAGUGUCCGCUCGCUCUCGUCACAGCAGAUAAUGAACAGACUCACUAUACCAAAGCCCACGUUAAAUUCUGCGGGAGUCAAUAUGAUGUCAAACGUUCACCUACAGCAGAACAAUUACGGGGUUAAAUCGGUACCCCCCAGUUACGUGGGUCAGCCAGGGGGGCGGCUCAGCCUCAGUGGCAACGCGCCUGUUUCUCUUUCCCAACAAUCACAAAGCAUGAAACAGUUUUCAGCGAGCGGCAAUGGAAGGCCUUACACUCUGGGAGGGGAGCAGAGGUCCCAGGCCUCAGGCAGGUACUCGCUGCAGUCUGCCAACUCCUCCUCGCUGUCGUCGGCGCAGCUCAAGCAGACGUCGCUGUCACAGUCCCAGGCAGCGUCCAGAGCUCUGGGUCAGUCUGGCUCCAAAUCCCCCGUGGCUGCUACAGGACCUUCCGCUGUCAACACCUCGUCCACGCAGAAGUGGAAAAUCUGUACAAUCUGCAACGAGCUGUUCCCCGAGAACGUGUACAGCGUCCACUUUGAGAAGGAGCACAAGGCCGAGAAGGUGCCUGCGGUGGCCAACUACAUCAUGAAAAUCCACAACUUCACGAGCAAAUGUCUCUACUGUAACCGCUACCUGCCCACGGACACGCUGCUCAAUCACAUGCUGAUCCACGGGCUGUCCUGCCCCUACUGCCGCUCCACCUUCAACGAUGUGGAGAAGAUGGCUGCCCACAUGCGCAUGGUGCACGUGGACGAGGAGAUGGGACCUAAAACUGACUCCACCCUGACCUUUGAUUUGACGUUGCAGCAGGGCAGCCACACCAACAUACACCUCCUUGUCACCACCUACAACCUGCGCGACGCUCCCGCCGAAUCCGUGGCGUACCACGCCCAGAACACCCCCCCGGUCCCGCCAAAACCGCAGCCCAAAAUCCAGGAGAAAUCUGACGUACCCCUCAAAAGCUCUCCGCAAGCAGCAGUGCCCUACAAAAAAGACGUGGGGAAAACUCUGUGUCCUCUGUGCUUUUCAAUCCUGAAAGGCCCCAUCUCUGACGCGCUGGCGCAUCACCUGCGGGAGAGGCACCAGGUGAUUCAGACGGUUCACCCCGUGGAGAAGAAGCUGACCUACAAGUGCAUCCACUGCCUGGGCGUGUACACGAGCAACAUGACGGCCUCCACCAUAACGCUGCACCUGGUGCACUGCAGGGGCGUGGGCAAGACCCAGAACGGGCAGGACAAGGGGACAUCGUCGCGCCUGGGCCAGGCCCCCGCGGCCGCGCCCGUGAAGCGCACCUACGAGCACAUGGAGUUCCCCCUGAUGAAGAAGAGGAAGAUGGACGACGAUGACUCCCCCUCUGCCUUUGAGGAGAGGCCUGAGGAACCUGUAGUUCUAGCGCUGGACCCCAAGGGUCACGAAGAUGAUUCAUAUGAAGCCAGGAAAACGUUUCUUACAAAGUAUUUCAAUAAGCAGCCCUACCCCACUCGGAGAGAGAUCGAAAAGCUGGCGGCCAGUUUGUGGCUCUGGAAAUCUGAUAUUGCGUCUCACUUUAGCAACAAAAGGAAGAAAUGCGUUAGGGAUUGUGAAAAAUACAAACCUGGGGUGCUGCUGGGCUUCAACAUGAAAGAGCUGAACAAAGUCAAACACGAGAUGGAUUUUGAUGCUGAAUGGCUGUUUGAAAACCACGACGAGAAGAAUUCCAGAGUCAAUGUCAGUAAGACUGUUGAUAAAAAAAUCAACUUAGAAAAAGACAAUGACAGUUCCUCAGACAGCUACGAAAACCUGGAGGAGGAAUACAGCGAGAGCCGCAGCCCCUUUGGCCAGCACGUGUCUGACAGGGGUGGGAAACCUUCGUCCGACAGCACGGUGCAGAACCCCCCGGACAGCAUAGCCAAGGAAAUCCUGGAGGAAAACACCCUACAGCCGCCAGAGAAGGCGGAGCAGAAACAAGAGGAGAGCUCCAAAUACCAAGAGAUGAUUGCUGCUGAAGAGCCAACCAAACUGGCAGGUGAGGUUUCGGAUAGUGAAGGUGACCAGGAUGAUGCAGUGGAGUGGAAAGAUGGAGCUUCCCAGUCUGAAAGUGGGCCUGGCUCCCAGCAGGUUUCGGAUUUUGAAGAUAACGCACUGGAGGUAAAACCAGAAGUGUGGACAGAUGAAUCUUCCCAAAGCGAAGAUGCCGGGAGCAGUAAACCCACUGUGGAGGCCAAGGGGGGUGGAUCUGAAAGCGACGAAGAACAGUCAAAGUGGAAGAAUCGUUCCUAUGGAAAAGUAGAAGGGUUUUGGUCCAAGGACCAGUCGCAAUGGAAAAACGCCUCCGAGCUGGAGGAGAGCCUGGCCAGCGAGCAGAUGGAGUGGCAGAGCAGCACAAUGGACAGCGAGGACGGCGGCUUCGGGGCCGUGGGGGCCGAGCCCAUGCACGGCAGCCUGCCCGGGGUGGAGCUCAGCAGCCAGCAGGCGUGAGCAGCCCUGCCUGGGCACUGCUGCCCUGCCCUGGGCACUGCUGCCCUGCCCUGGGCACUGCUGCCCUGCCCUGGGCACUGCUGCCCUGCCCGGGCACUGCUGCCCUGCCCUGGGCACUGCUGCCCUGCCCGGGCACUGCUGCCCUGCCCGGGCACUGCUGCCCUGCCCUGGGCACUGCUGCCCUGCCCUGGGCACUGCUGCCCUGCCCGGGCACUGCUGCCCUGCCCGGGCACUGCUGCCCUGCCCGGGCACUGCUGCCCUGCCUGGGCACGGACACGGCCGCUGGCCGGGGCUGGGAGCGCUGCGGGGAUGAGCACAGGAACUUCAUGUGAAAACGGACGCGCUGCUGGCUCCAGAAUGCACACAGAGAAAAGCAGAGGAUUAUUUUAUCUGUGUUUGCAACCCUCCUUUCACCUUGUCCAUGUCGAGUUGUGUCUUUCCAAGAGGCCCCUCUCUGGCAGCGCCGUGCCGGCGACCCGGUGCCCUGUAUAGCAGACUCUGGGGAAAUGGAGUUUUCAUGUAUCAUUCUGAAUAGUUGAAAUGUAUAUUUGUACAGUCUUUUAGACCUAUUCAAGUGAAGCUUAUGGAACUGUUCUUGUGUACCCAUCAUAGAUCUGUUUCUCUUUUUUAGUGUUGCCCUGCUGUGUAAUAAAUGCUGUAUCUAGUUUCCCUAGCAAAGCUUGAGACUGCUCUAGUAUCAAUUUUGACAGACUUAGUUUUUGCACAUAACCUUGUACAAUCUCCAACCAGAGGCCAGCAACAUAAAAAUAUAUCUGGGCUCUGUUGUAUUAUAGAAUUUUCUUGUUCUGAAUAUCCUUGACAUGACAACUGAUGACAAACAUAUUUCAGAGCCAUUUUCUGAAAUCUUUUAAGCUAAAAAAGAAAAAUCACAUGCAAGAAACAAGUUUGCAGCUACUAAUUUUGACACCUUUUAGAUCUGUAUAAAAGUGUAUUGUGUUGAAGCAGCACACUGAGGCAAAGUGCUGGGUUUGGAUAUUUAGUUUUAUCUUUAGUUAACACCAACAAGGUGUUGUAUUCAUUUAUACCAUCUAAUAUAUGACACACUGUUGUAGUAUGUAUAAUUUUGUGAUCUUUAUUUCCCUUUGUAUUCUUCAUUUAAGCAUCUAAAUAAAUUGCUGUAUUGUG